AUGGUUCCAAAGAAAAAGUCUCAUAACAAUAAGACGGCAAAGAAUAGGAAUAAUAGCCUAACAUUAUCACGCACCAUAAAAAAUAUAAAUUUGCCCACCCCUUCACCGACUCCAAAAUCUCCAUGUUUCGUUCAUUCUACAUUUGAUCCCACACUUGCCUCUCCUCUUCAAGAAAUUAUGGAUAGAUGUGAAAAUCAACCGGCCGAUUAUUCAGAGUUGGCCGAAACCGCCGUUGGCGUACGCGAGAUCUCAAAAAAGCUUGGUCAGGCACGAAUAAAAUGCGAAGUGAAGACUAUAAUGAUUGUCACAAAGCCAGGGGACAUACGAUUAAUCAACUUGACGCGUGAAUUGGCUUUGCACUUGAUAACAACCCCUCGCUUCGGAAAAGGUCAUGGUGUGACAGUGUAUGUGGACAAGAAUUUAAAGAAUUCCGAAAGAUUCGAUUUCCCAGGAUUGUUAAAUUCCUCUCCGUUGGUUGAGGAUUAUUUGAAAUUUUGGACCAUCGAAUUGUGUGCCGAAAGAGCCGAAAUCUUUAAUUUCGUUCUUACGCUCGGAGGAGAUGGGACCGUUUUAUACACAUCAUGGUUAUUCCAAAAGACCGUCCCACCAGUUUUACCAUUCCAUUUAGGAUCUUUGGGUUUCCUGACAAACUUUAAUUUUAAAGAUUAUAAAUCUCAUCUAACCAACGUUAUUGAAAAAGGAUUUGGGGUGAAUAUGCGUAUGCGAUUCACGUGUACAGUUUACCGUCGUGUACAUCAUUCUGGGUCCGUAAGUAAAGCAAGACGAUGUGGCGAAACUGGAGAGAUUAUAAUCCAAAAUCCAAAAGAUGGUGAAGGGUCGAUUUCAAUUUGGAAUGACGGUAAACAUAAAAGUAAUCACGAUAGAGAUUUAACUUGUGUAACCACCCAACCUGUCGAAUCAUUUGAAGUGCUAAACGAUUUGGUGGUUGAUCGUGGUGCUGGUCCAUACAUGAGCUUGUUGGAAUUAUUUGGUGACGACCAACAUUUAACAACAGUGCAAGCAGAUGGACUUGUAGUUUCAACACCUACCGGUUCGACCGCGUAUUCAGUAUCAGCCGGUGGUUCAUUGGUACAUCCCGAAAUACCAGCAUUUCUUUUAACACCGAUUUGCCCUCACACUUUAUCAUUCCGUCCAAUGUUGCUUCCCGAUUCUAUGGAACUAAGGAUCUGUGUUCCAUAUAAUAGCCGUAGUACCGCAUGGGCAAGUUUUGACGGAAGAAACAGAACCGAACUAAGACAGGGAGAUCAUAUUAAAGUCACACCAUCAAAAUUCCCAUUCCCGACAGUUUGUUUGGAGACCCAAUCGCGAGAUUGGUUUAAUUCAAUCUCCAGAUGUUUAAGGUGGAAUGAGCGAGAGAGACAGAAAACUUUUGUUGUUGUAGAAGAGGAUGUUAAUGAUGAUGAUGACGGAUAUUCUGAAUCUACAGAAAAUGACUCAGAGUCCAACGCGGAUGAAUCACGUCAAGUUGAAGUAGAAAGUUGUCGCAUACAACAGAAAGAAUCCUCAUCGCUAAUAGAAAAGCAAAAUCAUUUACAACAUAAUAUUCAACAGCAGAAUAAUAAUAUUAAACAACAUAGGAGAGGGAGUAGUACUGUGCACGCCUUUGCUUGUGUUGGAAAGGAUAAUAGCGAUACCAGUAGUAAUACCAGUAGUGGGGGUGAAGAAGAAUGGAAAGUUGUUCGAAGAGGAAAAAAGAAGAAGAAAGCUUAA